UCUUGUUUGACUAUUUGUUUUUUCUGAAUCUUGUGAGAAGGAGAAGUACUGAUACGGUUUCGAGAUCGUGGAUUGGUUUUGGGGUGUUUACUUGUUGAGAUCUAUAUCUAUUAUAGACGGGUAUCCUGAAGACAGAUCUGCUAUUCACAAAGGUGACUAACUGUGAAAAGGAGAAGUGGGAUAUUGGUGUUUUUCAGAUAUAUCAUCAUCGAAACUAGCCAAGAUGUCUGAAAGACGUGGCGGAAGGCAACUCCAAGGAGGAGGAAGAUCAAAUGCCCCUGGACAACGAGGGGGCUCCCAAUACCCUUAUCCUAACACGCAUUCCCUGGUAAGCAGGGUUAGUGCUCAGCAUCGUGCGGCUGGUCGUGCAGCUAGUCGUGGCCGUGGCCAGACACAGAUACAGGCACAACCACAAGGACAUGGACAAGCGCUGCCUCAAGUGCAGCACACUCAAAGAGGCGCAGGAUUUCCCAGACAACAGACCAACACCUCAUUGACCACCACUGCUCCCCCGGCGUUCCCGGCCACUCCUCUCCCAAACCCCACGACGACCCAGCGAGUCAACCCUCUUACUCUCCGUCCUCCUACUACUACACCCCAAACUCAGAGAAACCUACCAGCAGCUCCCCAUACAAGGUUUGUAACGGUAACGAUCCAUACAGCCAAGUGUGAUAUCUGCAAUCGUCACAACACUUCGAUUCUUCGCCGUUGCGCCACUUGCGGAUGGCAGAUCUGCACUCCCUGCUGGGAUGCACGCGGAGGUGAUGGGAGGCACGGAACUCGUCGUCCCUUCCGGGGAGAUGUCUUCAACUCCCCGGACCAGAAUCAGCAGCCAUCUGAAGGAGCUAGCUAUGAUAACGGCCAGCGCGGAGAUACUCCAGCUGUUACUGCUCAGGCGGAAGCGGAUGAAGAGGUAGAAACCCUUCAAGCUGCCCUCAUUUUGGAGGGAAUGCAAUUUGCCCGCGUACUGAGACCUCGCCAGCGUCGCAAUUAUCAGGAGCCACAGCUGGCUGUGCCCUCUCCUAUUCAGGAGGAGACGGAGGCAGAAAACGAGUAUGCUACCAGGGGAGACGCAGAUGAGACAGAGUCAGAAGCCUCACAAGGGCCGGGAAACGUCGUUGAGCCUAAUACACCGGCGGCGCCUAGCUGAAGCGGCGACUGAAGUUCUCGAAAGAAGCAGUGCUGAAGCCACUGACGAUAUAGAGAUGCAGGAUGCACCGCCGACCCCAACCCCGAGAGGACGCCACACGGCCCGGAGCACGCGUGGGCGUGGGCGUGGUCGUUCAAGGGCUACCGCGCGCCUUAGACGAGGAGACAACAGUGGUGCCAAAGGGGCCCAAGGACACAAGAGGCGACGAGAUGAUCAGGACAGAGGGGGCCCUAGCGGGGCAGCAGGAUCUGCGCCUCUUGUUUGAUAGAGUUUCCGGUUGGACUGGUAUCAGGCUGUGUUGUUCAAGCGGCGCUUUCGUUUUGCAAUCGUCGCUUCUUUUUGUCUCGCAUCAUGGUAUAUACCUUUGCUUCC